UAGGCUCCGCCUUCCGGUUGACCCGCACCUGGGCUAGGGAAAGGAGCCGCUGCAUUUCAAGGUGGGUGUCCAGGACAAGGCAGCGAAGACAGGGUCUGGGUGACGCAACGACAGAGUUGAAUGGUGUGUCACCGUUGACUCGUGAAAUCUGGGCUCUAGCGGGUCGGCUCGCGGCCCGCGGCUCUAGCGUCCUUCCGUGAUCUGCGGGCCGAGACGCCCGCACCCUCAGGCGCAUGCGCUGCCUGGCCGGAUGCCUUCUGCGUCCAUAGGGUCAGAGGUCAAGGGGAAGGUCUGAGAGAAAGUGAUGUACCGCCUGAGCUCGUCAGUGCUGCCACGGGCCUUGGCCCAGGCCAUGCGCACAGGACAUCUUAAUGGCCAAAGCCUUCAUAGCAGUGCAGUGGCGGCAACGUACAAGUAUGUGAAUAAGAAGGAACAGGAGUCUGAGGUGGACAUGAAGUCCGCGACUGACAGUGCAGCUCGGAUUCUGUUUUGGACCGAACUCAUCCGAGGACUGGGCAUGACCCUAAGUUACCUCUUUCGGGAGCCUGCCACUAUCAACUACCCCUUUGAGAAGGGCCCUCUGAGUCCACGCUUCCGUGGGGAGCAUGCAUUGCGCCGCUACCCAUCUGGAGAGGAGCGUUGCAUCGCCUGCAAGCUCUGUGAGGCCAUCUGUCCUGCACAGGCCAUUACCAUUGAGGCUGAGCCAAGAGCUGAUGGUAGCCGCCGGACGACACGCUAUGACAUAGACAUGACCAAGUGUAUCUACUGUGGUUUCUGCCAGGAAGCCUGCCCUGUUGACGCCAUUGUGGAGGGCCCCAACUUUGAAUUCUCCACCGAGACGCACGAGGAGCUGCUGUACAACAAGGAGAAGUUACUCAACAAUGGAGACAAGUGGGAGGCCGAGAUCGCCGCCAACAUCCAGGCUGACUACCUGUACCGGUGACCAGGCCGCUGCUGACCUUGGCCACCUGGCUCAGCCCUGUGGCCCCUGUAGCACAUAAAGAAACUAUGAUCCCACA